CGAGGAAGUACAAAGGUACAGCUUAGUGCUUCUUCAACAGGUCACAUCCUGCGCAAUGCACGCAAGUAUUACUGAGUUUUAAAGGAUCACCGGCUGCAAGAAGCUUUAAUCAACUACUUGAAUGAAAACUAUCAUGGUCCAAGAUCUGGAUAACAUACCUACAAAUCCUCUGCAUCUGUGGCACUUCCCUUAACAGCUGCCGAAUUAAUAGGUAUAUCCAGUUUGAAAGAUCUGCUUCCAUUUUAAAACAGUUAUAUAAUUAUUGUGCCCACAAUGUACCACAGUGAAAUCAAGGCAUUGGAAGUCAACAAUCAUGAAAAAGAAGAAAGAAAACCACUUUAUGGAUCUGCUCUCUCACAAAUCAAAGAAGAGACUGAAUACAUUAAAAAGAUGCGAAUUACACUACAGAAUCUGCGAUGGGAGAUGUUUGAAGCUGAAGAUGGACUAAUUCACAGCCCAACUCAAGAGAUACCACUGGCAGAGUCAAAAGAUACAAAUGAAUCUGACCCGUCUAUGACUGAACUGUGUUCCAAGUAUCAUCAGAUUCUGGAUGAGAUUAAAGCCAAGGAUGCAGAGCUUUGCGCUCUUCUACAAGAAAACAAAGAACUGGCUAUACAGUUGGAGGCCACUCAGGAAGCAGGUGCUGCGGCACUUCGGAAUGCUUCACAGAAACUCUACAAGCACUAUCAGAAGCAAAUGGAUGAACUGAAGCAGAAGCAUGAGCAAGAGAUGCAGAGACUGCAGGCAUUUGCGGAGGAGCAGGAGAAAAAGUUGCAGAGAAGUAUCGAAAAUUUCAAUGACCUUGAGGUGAAACUGCAGCAGAAACAGAACAGAGCGAUGGAGCUGGAAAGGAGAAUAGAAAGGAUGGAAAAGGAGAAGAAAGAGUUAAUGCAGAGGAAGCAGUUAGUGGAGAAUGAGAUGGAAUGUACGCAUCAUGCUUCUAUGGAUGUUCCAGACAGCGCAAGGAGCAGGUUCCAGAGUCUUCAACUGGAGUCUUCCACGUUGCAGGAAAAGAUCUUUCACCUGGAUAAUGUUGUCACACAGCAACACCGAAAUCUACACAGUGCAAUCAACAAGAUUCAAAACUUUAAAAUGGAGUUGGAGAAACAGGAUCAAGUCAUAGCAAAACUAAAGGAACAAUUGGGCAUACUUGAAGCAGAGCAGUACCGUGCAACACUUGGAAGUCCCCCUCUAUAAGUCACUCACCAUUCUGACUUGGAAACAUAUCGCCAUUCCUUCAUUGCUGCUGGAUCAAAAUCUUGGAAUUCCCUCCCUAUCAGCACUGUGGGUGUACCUACACCCUAGGAACCGCAGUGGUUCAAGAAGGUAGCUCAUCACCACCUUCUCAAGGGCAACUAGGGAUGGGCAAUAAAUGCCGGCUUAGCUGACAAUGCCCACAUCUCGUAAAUGAAUAAAUAAAAAAUUAAAAUAUCACUACAGUACUGUGCAAAAGUCUUGGGUACCCUAGUUAUAUUCAAUACAUGUGCCUAAGACUUCUUGACUGAGACUAAGACUAAGACUGUAUAAUUCUGGCUGGAGCAAAGGAUACUAGGAAUGGUGAAGAUGGAGUGCCGUGGGAAGGGUAUGUGACAAAUAGCAAAAAAGGAGUUCCAGGAGCAGGGAGUGAGGUGCCAGCCUAAGACUGUACAUGUCACUAUAUACUACCUUGAAACUAAUUUUCUUGCAAGCUUUUAUAGAGAAGUACAGCUCAGGUACAGGCCAUUCAUCCCACAAUGUUGAGCCGAACCAGCUAAAAAAACAAAUCGAUAACAGCCAAAUGCCAAUCCCUCUUAUCUACACCAUGUCCAUAUCCCUCCAUCUUCCUUUCCUAUCCGUGUGCCUAUCCAAACGUCUCUUAGAAACCUCCAAUGUAAUUACCUCUACUACCAUACCAGGCAGCUACUAUUCUGAGUUAAAAACUUAACCCUCACAUCCCCUUGAACCUACCCCUCUCAGCACCAAUUCAUACCCUCUAGUAGUAGGCAUUUCAACCUUGGGAAACAGAUACUCUGUACCUACUCUAUCUAUGCCUCUCAUAAUCUUAUAAACCUCAAUUAGAUCUCUUCUUGUCCUUUGGCGUUUCAGAGAAAACAACCUCAGGCUACACCCACACUACGCCGGAUAAAUCCGUAACCGAAGCUUUUCCUCUUUGUUUUUACCCUCCCUCCACACCAAAAUGUCAUUUUCAUCCCCCGAAACCAGAGCUUUUCAGAAACGCUUUCCAGGGUGGGUAUAUUUGAAAACGCUGCUCGGGCAGAUCAGUGUGGAUGGAGUAACCGGAGACUUUUGAAAGCGCUGUCAGAUGGCAGCGCGCUAUUUCAUUGUUUUCUUGAACGCAACCUAACAAUUUCAGAACAGAUGGCAACGAGACUGAAGCCAGAAGAGUUAGAAAGGUACUCACCAAAUACUUUGACUCAUAACUUACUGAAUAAAUAAGUAUACUCACUUUGCCCUAUUUUCUGUCCUUGCUCAUAUGAAGGUGGUUUCUCUAUUUAUACAAGUACUUCUCUGACAAUAGAUGUGUAACAGCCUAAUGUAACAUUGUAUGGAAAUACAAGAUAACACUAAUGCAGAAAUGUUGUAUACAUUUAAGAAGGUGCUUUAUUAAUGCAACGGAGUUUGUCAGUUUUUCAAUGUUCGUCAUCAGCCGGGUCAGUCUGUCUGUGAACUCCCUGUCGGUUGCCGCCGUACGCUCCAGUAUUUGUUUUUUCUAGUUUUAAGUUCUCCUGCACGAGAGCCAACAGCUGUCUGUCGUUUUAAGUUUUUCUAGUCUGUACCUACACAAACGCACACUUUUACGGCGAGAUUCGACACCAAACAUGUCGCUUGUUUUCGGUAAAUGUGUCCUGUGCAUGCGCAGGAGGAGGAGAUUCACCGAAAUCUCUGUUUCAGUGUGGAUAGAGAUAUUUUCAAAAACGCAUAGAGUGGACGCCUAUCGCUUUUACGCAAAACCGGUGUUUUCAAAAUUAUCCGGUCUAGUGUGGAUGUAGACUUAAUUUAUCCAAUCUCUCAUGAUAGCAUGCACAGUAGAAUAAAGGAACAUAACAGAACAAUGAAAAACUACACACAAAGACUGACGGACAACCCAUGUGCAAAACACCAAAACUUAAAAUGCCUUUCCUCUUGUGCAGAGGAAAUAAUAAUAAUGAAUUUUUGGUCACCAGGAAAUGAAGGAGACAAUAAGACUGACAUUACUAACUGACAGGACUAUAACGCUAUAAUUUUAUGAAAUAUGGUUGUUCUCUGCUAAUACUUCCAAAGGAGAAGAUCAGAUCAAUGUUAUCACACUCACAGAGCAAAUGCUUAUGAUGCAGUGAUUCACAGAGUGGUACACAAAGGAAGGCUGCAAUCUGCACAUGCUCUAUCAACAGGAUACUGAUUUUUGGGGAAGCCAUUUGACGUUUUGUAAUGGACAGUAAUACAUUUAUUGAUGUCCUGAGAAAAAUGCAGCAGAAAUCAAUAACAUUUCCAGCUUAUUUGAUAUUGCAAAUACACAGUACUUUAAAUCAAUAAUUCUGAAUCUUCAUGAUUCUUGUUUACGAGUAUUGAGCCAAUUUACAUAACACAUGGCUGAUAAUUCUAUCACUUUCUGGAUGACCUCCUUGUCCUCCUUCCAUGGAUUGUUGGGCUCUAACAUAUGACAUCAAUUUCAGUGUUUCAUCUUAAACACUUCCGUUAUUGUCUUUGACAUCACUAAUUUCAUUUGUCAUUCUGAAAGCUUCAACAUAAAUUAUAUUGGUAUGGAAACACCAGUGCCCAAGAACAGAAAAGCCUUCAAAAAGUAGUAGAUACAAACCCAGUCCAUUACAGGCAAAGCCCACCCCACCAGUGAGCGCAUCUACGAGGAGCCCUGCCACAAGAAAGCAGGCUCCAUCAUCAAGGAACCCAACCAUCCAGGCCAUGCUCUUGUUGCUGCCUUCAUGAAGAAGGUACAGGAGCCUCAGGACUGACACUACUAGGUUCAGCGAAAGUUACUACCCUUUAACCAUCAGGCUCCUGAACCAGUGUUGAUAACUUCACUCACCACAACACUGAACUGAUUCCACAACCUAUGGACUCACUUUCAAGGGCUCUACUACUCAUGUUCUCAGUAUUAUUUAUCUAUUUGCUUUUUUUUAAUUUAUUUUGUAUUUCCAUACUUUGUCUUUUUUGCACAUUUUUUGUCAUUCAUGUCUGUGUGUAGUUUUUCAUUGAUUCUAUGAUAUUUCUUUGUUCUACUGUGAAUGCCUGCAAGAAAACGAAUCUCAGGGUGAUGUGAUAACAUAUGUAACCUCCAAGGUAGUAAUCUCUAGAUUACUCCCUGUGCCAAGGGCUAGUGCAGGUAGGAAUGCAAUGACGGCACGGAUGAAUGAGUGGUUGUGGGAGAUGGUACAGGGGACAGGGUUUCAAGUUCUUGGAUCAUUGGAACCUUUGCUGGAGAUGGGGUGACCUAUACAAGAGGAGCAGGUUGUACCUGAAGUGGAGGGGAACCGAUAUCCUGGUCAGGAGGUUUGCUGAUGUCACUCGGGAGAGUUUAAAUUAGUUUGCAGGGGGCUGGAAACCGAAGCCCCAGGUCAUUAAGGGAAGGAUUGGACAGGAAAGCAGACUUAAGGGAAAGUACUGAAAGGCAAAUUUGAAAUAACAGGUAUGGUGGGUUGGAUAAUUUGAAGUGUAAGUAUUUUAAUGCUCUGAGUAUUAUUGGUAAGGGUGAUGAACUUGGAUCAUGAAUCAAUAUAUGCAACUAUGAUGUUGUAGCCAUUACUGAAACUUGGUUGUGAGAGGGACGUGAAUGGGUGAUUACUGUACCAGGUUUUCAAUUAUUUUAGAAAAGAUAGAGGAGGAGCUAAAAAGAGGGAGGGCUUGCACUGCUAAUCAAGGACAAUAUUACAGAUGCAUUCAGGGGAGACAUAAUGGAGGGGUAAGACACUGAGUCCAUUUGAGUGGAACUCAGGAAUAGGAGGGGUGCAAUCACACUGAUGGAAUUGUACUCCAGACACCCUAAUAGCCACUGGGUUGUUGUCAUGGGUGAUUUUAACUUCCCUAAUAUAAACUGGGACCUCCAUAGUGUAAGGGGUUUAGGUGGAGCAGAAUGUGUUAAGUGUAUCCAGAAAGGUUUAUUAAGUCACUAUGUGGAUGGUCCAAUGAAAUAAGGGGCCAUAUUGGAGUUGGUGUUGGGUAAUGACCCUGGCCAGGUGAUUGACCUUUCAAUGGGUGAAAAGAGAUUGCAACUCUUUAAUUUUCAGGAUAGCUAUAGAUAAGGAUAAGUAUGGUCCUUGUGGAAGAGUUUUAAAUUGGAAUAGGGCAAAUUAUCAGGUCAUUAGGCAGGAACUAAGAAGCAUUAAUUGUGAAUGCAUUUUUUUUUCUGGCAAGUCCAUAUCUGUCACGUGGAGGAUGUUUAAAGAUCAAUUGCACAGAGUACAGGAAAGGUAUGUUCCUGUUAGAAUGAAGGAUGGGGAUGAAAAGAUAAGAGAAUUUUGGAUGUCCAGAGAGGUGAUGAAUGUAGUGAAGAAGAAAAAGAAAAAAAUAUAUAAAGUAUAUGAGGAGUAUUAAGAAGCCAGAAAAGAACUAAAGAAGGGAAACUAGAAAGCCAGGAGGGGCCAUGAAAAGUCCUUAGCAGGUAGGAUUAAGGUGAUUUUCAAGGCAAACUAUACAUACAUCAAGUGCAAGAGGAUGACUAGCUUGGACCAUUAGCUUGGAUGCGGAGAAUGUGAGUGAGGUACUUAACGAGUACUUCACUUCAGUAUUUACCAUGGGAAAGGACAUGGAGCACCAGGAGAUCAGUGCUGAGUGUAUAGAUAUGUUAGGAUGUUUAGAGCUCAAGGAAGAGGAAGUAUUGGGCCAUCUAAUGAGUAUUAAGGUAGAUAAGUCCCCAGAGCCUGAUGGGAUUUACCCCAGGUUAUUGAAGGAGACAAGAGACAAGAUACCUGGGCUCUUGACUAGUAUCUUUGUGUCCCCUCUGGCCAUAGCCAAGAUUCCGGAGGACUGGUGAGUGGCUAAUAUUAUACUCCUAUUUAAGGAGAGAACAAAGGAAAAUCCUGGGAAUUAUAGUCUGGUGGGCAUCAUAUCAGUUGCAGGGAAAUUAUUGGAGAAACUUCUUAGGAUAUAUGAACAUUUGGAAACCUAUGGCCUAAUUAGGGAGAGCCAGCUUGGCUUUGUGUGUGGCAGAUCGUGCCUUACCAACUUGAUGGAAAUUUUUGACAAGGUGACGAGAGAGAUCGAUGAGGGUAGGGCAGUGGAUGUUGCCUACAUGGGUUUUAGUAAGGUGUGUGACAAAAUCCCUGAGAAGAUUAAGAUGCAUGGGGUCUGCAACGACUUGGCUGUUUGGAUUUAGAACUAGCUUGCAAAAAGAAAGCAGAGGGUAGUGAUUGCAGGUUGUAAUUAGUGAAGUUUCGCAGGAAUCUGUUCUGGGACCUCUGCUCCUCUUGAUGCAUAUAAUGACUUGGAUGAAAAGGAUGGGUGGGUUAGCAAAUUUGUGGAUGAUACCAAGAUUGGUGGAGUUGAGGAUAGUGUAGAAGACUGGCAAAGAAUACAGCGCGAUAUAGAUCAGUUGUAGAUAUGGGUUGAGAAAUGGCAGAUGGAGUUUAACCCAUAUAAAUGUGAGGUGUUCCACCUUGGUAGGGCAAAUGCAAGGAGACAGUAUGCUGUUAAGGGCAAAAUCCUUAACAGUGUUGCUGCGUGGAGAGAUCUUGGGGACCAACUUCGUAGCUCCUUGAAAGUGGUUACACAGGUCAAUAAGGUGGUCAAGAAGGCUUAUGCAAUGGUUGCUCUUAUGAGUCAAGACAUUGAGUUCAAAAGUCAGGAGGUUAUGUUGCAACUUUAUAAAACUCUGGAUAGACCAUGUCUAGACUAUUGUGCAGAGGGUUUUGGUUUGGUUGUCCCGCUGUAGGAAGGAUGUUGAGGAUUUGGCAUGUGAAGAAGAGGUUAACCAGGAUGCUGCUUGGUUUAGAGUGCUUGUGCUAUCAUGAGAUGCUGAAUAAAUUUGAGUUGUUUCCUCUAGAAUGCCUGGAGGCUGAGGGGAGAUUUGAUAGAAGUUUACAAGACAGUGAGAUGCACAGAUAGAGUGGACAGAGAUGAUCUUUUUCCCAGAGUUGAAACGUCUAAUAUCAGAGGGCAUGCAUUGAAGGUGAGAGGGGGUUGGUUUGAGUUGGAUGUGAAGGUUAUGUUUUUUACUCAUAGAGUUGUGGAUGCUCAGAAUGCACUGUCUGAUAUGAUGGUAAAGCAAAUACAUUAGAGGCUUUUAAGAUUCGUUUGGAUAGGCACAUGGAUGUAAGGAAGAUGGAGGGAUAUGGACGUGGCUUAGGUAGGAGGGAUUAGUGUUUUUAGCUGGUUUGGCACAACAUAGUGGGCCAAAUGGCCUGUACUGUACUUAUUGAUGUUCUAUGUUGUAUACAUACUUCAAUAAAAAUUUACUUUGAACAUAUUGAAUUGCUAAUUGUUAAAUUCAUGGCACGAUACUUGGGUGGCAUAUUUAUACAGUAGGACGGCAUGGUAACAUUGCGGUUAGUAGAAUCAGUUUACAACACCGGCGAUCACUGAUCUGGGUUCAAGUCCUGCCGCUGUCUAUAAGGAGUUUGUACAUGUAACCAUAUGGGUUCCUCCUGGUUGAACCCAUGCAAAACUCAAUGCGCCAAAUGGCCUAAUUUGUUCCAAUGUCUUCCUCCCACAAUGUAAAGACGUACAUGUUAGCAUUAGUGAGUUGUGGGCAGCUAUGUUGGCUCUGGAAGCAUGACGACACUCGUGGGCUGCCCCCAGUACAAUGCUUGCUGAUUUUAUUUGACCCAAAUGACAGAUUUCACUAUAUGUGACAAACAGCGCUAAUCUUUAUCUUUAACCUUUAAAACCGUUAAGCUCUCAAGAAUGGUUAUCUGACUCUUUCCUCAGAGAUGAUUACCUUUCUUGUUUAGAUGACUGCAAACAUAUUUUACUAUUUUUGAAAAGUGAAACGCUGUGGAUACUGUAAAUACCCAGCCACUUAGCAACUGUUAGAGUCAAUGUUUCUGGACAGUGAAAGGUUCUGAUGAAGGAUCAUCCAACUGAAACACCAACCCUGCUUCUCCCUCCACGGACACUGGCAUGCAGAACAUUCAUUCCUUUGUUUUAGAGCAUAAGACAUAGGGGCAGUAUUAGGCCAUUCAGCCCAUCAAGUCUGCUCUGCCAUUCCAUCAUGGUUGAUUUAUUAUCCCUUUCAAUCAUCUUCUCCAGCCUUCAUCCCUUAGCCUUUCACAACCUUAUUAAUCAAGAACCUAUCAACCUCUGCUUUAAAUAUAUUCAGCUGUCUCCAUAGCCAUCUGUAGCAAUGAAUUCUACAAAUUCACCACCCCCUGGCUAAAGAAAUUUCUCCUCAUUUCUGUUCCAAAGGAUUCUUUUCUGAACUUGUGUUCUCUGAUCUGAGAAUCUGCACUGUUGGAAACAUUUUCUCCACGUCCACUCUACCUACGUCUUUCAAAACUCAAGUACAAGUUUGUUGUCAUUCAACCACUCUCUGGCCUUGAACCAGUAACUUUUAACAAACUGACCGAUCGAAACCCUAUCAAACUCUGCUUCCAAUAUACCCAAUGAAAUGGCCUCCACAGCUGUCUGUGGCAAUGAAUUCCACAGAAUCACCAACCCCUAGCUAAAGAAAUUGUUCUUCAUCCCUGUUCUGAAGGAAUGACCCUCUAUUCUGAGACAGUGCCUUUUGGUCCUACAUACCCCUAUUACUGGAAACAUCCUUUCCACAUCCACUCUAUCUAUGCCUUUCAAAACUCUAGUUCAAGUUUAUUGUUACUCAAACAUGCACAUGUAUAGAGCUAAACAAACAUCAUUCCUCUGGGGCCAAGGUGCAAAACACAGUACGUAUAGUCACACACAGCACAUGUAACUACAAUCCAGCGCAUACAGUCACAAAAUGACUUUAAGACCACACGACCAUAAGAUAUAGCAGCAGAAUUAGAUAUUGGUACAUCAUGUCUGCUCUACCAUUUCAUCAUGGCUAAUCCAUUUCUUCUCUCAGCCCCAUUCUCCUGUUCUUCCCAUAUCCCUUCAUGCCCUGACCAAUCAAGAAUCUAUCAACUUCUGAAAAUUUAAGGCAACUUGUCCUCCACAACUGCCUGAGGCAAUGAAUUCCACAGAUUCACCACUCUCUGGCUAAAGAAAUUAUGUUAACAGGAUGUUAAUAAAUUUCAAUGAGACCCGUCCCCAUUUAUUCCAGAUUAUUCUUCAACUCAAUAUCUAACUGGCAAUUUAACAAUGAGCCUCAACUCUGUGAUAAUCCUUCUGCAAAUAUAACAUGUGCAUUCUAAAUAAAAGAGUGCCUCCUAUUGGUUUAGCAGUGGAAUUCGGAAUUGCUCACCAAAACACAGUGUGAUUAAUCAUUUCUAAUUGUAUA